AUGUAUAAUAAUAAUUUCGAAUUCAUUGGAGAGGACCAUUAUGUUAACUUUUAAAUGGAUUAGCAUUAGUAUUAAGUUAAAUAUAUUACCAAGAUUAGAUUUAGGUUUUGUUAAUAGUAGCUCUUAAAUGUUAUGUUAAAAUUCAGAUGAUGAGUGUCUAAAUUAACAAGAGUUCUUUUCUUAAAUUCGACUAUAGAAGAAUAAUAAUGAAUUUUAAUUAAUACCUGAAUAAAGAUAAGGAAAGAGAUAAUAGAAAAAGAAAAGAUCAGAAGACACAAUAUUUUCAAGCAAAUAAAACUAAAAGAAUACUUAUAUUAAUAAAAUUACAUCUCUAAUUUAAGAGACAAAACCAAUUGUGGCUUCAAAAUUUGAAAGAAAAGUUUCCAUAAAUACAGAUGAUUCAAUAUAGGCUAAAUUAAUUAGAAAUAGGGAAUGUGCAAAAAAUUCGAGAAAGAGAAAGAAAAUUUAUUUAGAACUAUUGGAAAACAGAGUAAAUACAUUGAAGGAAGAAUUAGAUAAAUGUAAGAAGAUAAUUAAAGGUCAUAAUAGUUAUAUGUAAUAAAUAGAAUCUAAUACUUAAGUAAGUAAAUCUACUAUAAUUUUUAGUUAUAAAACUAUUUUUUAUGUAGAUAACAAUUGUUUGAAAAGUUGGAAUUUGCUGUAUAGAAUAAUUCUGAUAAAAAUGAAGUUAAUAUGUUACUUGAUUAAAUGAGAUUAAGGAUUGGAGGAGGAAAUGAGAAAAUAAAGGCUUCAAACUAUUUUUUGUAAUAAAUCAUGGAGAUGUCAUUUCCUGAUCAUGUUACAUAUUUAUUAUGGGCUUCAGGAUUAAAUUUAAAUGAAACAAAUUGGUUUAUAGAUUUAAGUAGAGAAAUAAAUAUAUCUGAUUUAUAAAUGAAAUCUUUGAAGAAAUCUUAUUAGAAUAUAGAAUAGGAUAGAGAAUAAUUAAAAGAGUAACAAUUUUAGUUAUUUUAGGAUAAUUAAAUAAUUAUAAAAUGUCAAAGAGAAUCUUGAUCAAAAAACAAAUUCUUUGGAAAAUUUUAUUGAUGAUCUGAGAAAAAUACUAACUCCUAUAUAAGUAGCGAAAUUUUUAUUAGGUUUAGAGAAAGUAAAUUAAUUUUAAUAUUAUGAUAGAAUAAAUUUUAGAAAGAAUUUAACAUUUAAAUUUUGGGGAAAGAUUUUGAAGUUGAGUAUGAUACAGAAAUUAAAGAAGGAGAUUAUGAUACUGUGUUAAAAAAGGUUUAAAUUUGAUAUUUAUAUAUAUUUAAUCAUUAUUUAUUUAAAAUUUGAUCUCUUAUUUGAUUUCCAAUUACAUGUCUAUAAUUUGGAUCUUUUUUAAUUUUCCUUAUAGAUCUANUACCUGAAUAAAGAUAAGGAAAGAGAUAAUAGAAAAAGAAAAGAUCAGAAGACACAAUAUUUUCAAGCAAAUAAAACUAAAAGAAUACUUAUAUUAAUAAAAUUACAUCUCUAAUUUAAGAGACAAAACCAAUUGUGGCUUCAAAAUUUGAAAGAAAAGUUUCCAUAAAUACAGAUGAUUCAAUAUAGGCUAAAUUAAUUAGAAAUAGGGAAUGUGCAAAAAAUUCGAGAAAGAGAAAGAAAAUUUAUUUAGAACUAUUGGAAAACAGAGUAAAUACAUUGAAGGAAGAAUUAGAUAAAUGUAAGAAGAUAAUUAAAGGUCAUAAUAGUUAUAUGUAAUAAAUAGAAUCUAAUACUUAAGUAAGUAAAUCUACUAUAAUUUUUAGUUAUAAAACUAUUUUUUAUGUAGAUAACAAUUGUUUGAAAAGUUGGAAUUUGCUGUAUAGAAUAAUUCUGAUAAAAAUGAAGUUAAUAUGUUACUUGAUUAAAUGAGAUUAAGGAUUGGAGGAGGAAAUGAGAAAAUAAAGGCUUCAAACUAUUUUUUGUAAUAAAUCAUGGAGAUGUCAUUUCCUGAUCAUGUUACAUAUUUAUUAUGGGCUUCAGGAUUAAAUUUAAAUGAAACAAAUUGGUUUAUAGAUUUAAGUAGAGAAAUAAAUAUAUCUGAUUUAUAAAUGAAAUCUUUGAAGAAAUCUUAUUAGAAUAUAGAAUAGGAUAGAGAAUAAUUAAAAGAGUAACAAUUUUAGUUAUUUUAGGAUAAUUAAAUAAUUAUAAAAUGUCAAAGAGAAUCUUGAUCAAAAAACAAAUUCUUUGGAAAAUUUUAUUGAUGAUCUGAGAAAAAUACUAACUCCUAUAUAAGUAGCGAAAUUUUUAUUAGGUUUAGAGAAAGUAAAUUAAUUUUAAUAUUAUGAUAGAAUAAAUUUUAGAAAGAAUUUAACAUUUAAAUUUUGGGGAAAGAUUUUGAAGUUGAGUAUGAUACAGAAAUUAAAGAAGGAGAUUAUGAUACUGUGUUAAAAAAGGUUUAAAUUUGA